AUGUCUGUCGCCAUCGAAACCACUACUGCUCCCACUGCUCCUAUGACCGCCCAGCCCGUCGUGAUGGGCCAAAAGUCCAGAAUGCCCGAGUUCAGUCUCGCUGGAAAGGUGGUGUUGGUCUCAGGUGCUGCCCGGGGUCUAGGAUUGACCCAGGCAGAGGCACUCCUAGAAGCCGGAGCGAAGGUAUACGCACUCGACCGCCUGGAAGAGCCGGCGCCCGAGUUCGAGCAGAUCCAGCAACGUGCAAGGGAGCUUGGCACGGAGUUGCACUACCGUCGUAUUGAUGUGCGUGACACAGAACUUCUGAACAGUGUGAUCGAGACCAUUGCCAAUGAAGAGGGCCGUAUGGAUGGUCUCGUUGCCGCGGCAGGUAUCCAGCAGGAGACCCCAGCGCUCGAGUACUCAGCCAAGGACAGCAAUACCAUGUUCGAGGUCAACGUCACGGGAGUGUUCAUGACCUCCCAGGCUGUGGCUAAGCAAAUGAUUCGCUUUGGAAAUGGAGGUAGUAUCGCUAUGAUCGCCUCUAUGAGCGGUACCAUUGCCAAUCGCGGCCUUAUUUGCCCCGCAUAUAACGCUAGCAAGGCUGCUGUAAUCCAGCUCGCCCGCAACCUCGCCGCUGAAUGGGGCACCUACAACAUCCGCGUCAACACCAUCUCCCCUGGCUAUAUUGUCACCGCUAUGGUUGAGAAGCUGUUCAUCGAGUUCCCCGAACGCCGGGACCAGUGGCCCAAAGAGAACAUGCUUGGCCGUCUCUCCCGACCGGAAGAGUACCGCGGCGCCGCUGUCUUCUUGGUUAGCGAUGCUAGUAGCUUCAUGACUGGAAGCGACCUGCGCAUGGAUGGUGGCCACGCCGCAUGGUAG